AUGGCAUCUAAAAUUCCCCCAGAAAUAUUAAUUAAAAUUUUAAACAACGUUCAAUCAACUCAAGAUUUAUAUUCAUCAUUAUUUGUUAAUCGAAUCUGGUGUAAAGUUACUAUACCUAUACUUUGGGAAUUACCUUUGGGUCAAGAAUAUCGUAGUACGGAGAAGUUGAAGAAGAAAGCAUUAUGUAUUCGAACUUAUAUAUCAUGUAUGGAUACACAGGCCAGAACUUUACUUAUUCAAAAUGGAUUUGAUUUAUCAUCAUCACCACCUCGAGCUACUUUUGAUUAUCCAUCAUUCACUCAUAAAGUUAUGAUUUUUAAUUUAUUUUUUUUUGUUUUCAUAUAUUCACCACAAAAUAUUGGCUCAUAUCAACAUAUAAAAAAAUAUAUUAAUUCUAACGAAAUAAUUAUCACCGAAAAAUCGAAAAUAUUAUUUCGAGAGAUAUAUAAAUUAAUAAUAAAUCGUUGUACGUUUUUAAAUUCUUUUAAAAUGACGGAAGUUCCUAAAAUUUUUUCUAAAAAAAUUCUAAAUAAUGAUUUAAUUGGUUCAAUUCUUAAGCUACCUGGUGCCCCGAAAGUAUUUAAGAAAUUAGAAAGUUUUACUUCCAUGAUAAGAAAUGAUAGUAUAUUAAUUAGACCUUUAUAUGAAUCAUUAGCAUUAAUUUGUCAUGAUAUUUUAAAUAUGGAUUUAGAAUUGAAUUCAAAAUCUCAAGUGGAAUUAUUAGGAAAACUUAUUAGUGUUCAAAAACGGUUAGAAAACCUGUCGAUUAGUGAUAAAGGUUAUAUGAGAAUGAGUCAUAAUUUAUUUUUAUGGGAUAUUAUUAGUCAAAAAGAAACAUUAAAGAAUCUUCGUUUAAAAUCAGUAAAUUUUUCUAAUUUCGUGAAGAAAUCAUCAACAAUUGAAAAAUUUACUUCAAUUCAAGAACUUUAUAUUGAAAAUUGCCAUGGAUUGUAUAUUGCGGAUUCUUUAUUCUUUGCUUCAUCAUUUACCCAAUUAAGGAGCUUUCAUUAUUUUCAUUCGAGUCAUCGAUUUAAUGAGUAUCCUCAAGAUUUUAUCAUAAAAAUUCUCGAAACUGCCAAUAUAAAUUUAAAAAAUGUUAGUCUAGAUUUAUUUUUCACAACUCCACCCGAUAUACUUUUGGCAAUUUUAUUUUAUUGUACAAAGAUUACCGAAUUAACUUUACAUAAUUUAAGUCCUGAACAAGUAAUAGCAAUAUCAUCAUUAUGGGAUGUCAUCAGUCAAAUUGGAACAUUAAGGACUCUUCGUUUGAAAUCAGUAAAUUUUUAUAAUUCCGAGGAGGAAUCAUCAUCAAUUGUAGAAUUUAUUUCACUUCAAGAACUUUAUAUUGAAAAUUGUCAUGAAUUGUGUAAAUCGGAUUGUUUAUCUUUUGCAUCAUCAUUUACUCAAUUAAGUAGUUUUCAUUAUUUUCAUUCACGUAUUCUAUUUAAUGAGUAUACGCAAAAUUUUAUUAUAAAAAUUCUCGAAACGGCCAAUACAAAUUUAAAAGAUAUUUGUCUAGAUUUAUGUCUAACAAUUCCAUCUGAAAUACUUUCGGCGAUUUUAAAUUAUUGUACUAAGAUUGCCAAAUUAACUUUACAUAAUUUAAGUCCUGAACAAGUAAUAGCAAUAUUUAAUAAUAAUUUUCAAGAAUUGCGGAGAUUUUCAUUUGGUCAUGGAAUGGGAUUGGAUGCUAAUAAAUUAUUAUGUCAAAUUAGUAAAAAUGUACCAGAAUCACUAGAAACUAUUGAAAUUAGAAUGGGAAUAUUUAGUGCUGAUAGUUUAAGAAAAUUUUUUGAAGGGUGGUGUCAUAAAAGAGGAGGAGGAAAUAAAAUGACUAUUAUAAAACAUCAUGUGAGACGACUUACAUUAAGUGAUGAACAUUGGAAAGUUAUUAAGGAAUACGGAGUUCAAUUUGAUCUAGAAUAA